GCCGGGGUGGGCGGGCAGUGCUCAGGCGCCGCUCGGGCCCGCCCGCCCGCCGCUCCCCGCUCCGCUCCGCCGGGCUGCUGUCAUUGCCGUUGCCAUUGAAGGGGACGAUGUCUCACUGCAGCCGCGCCGCCGCCCGCCUGCUGGGCCGCGUCCUGCGCCUGCAACAGAAUGGAGUACGACACUGCUCUUACUCAGCAUCAAGGAAAAAUCUGUACAUUAACAAAAAUACAAAGGUUAUCUGCCAGGGUUUUACAGGCAAACAGGGCACCUUUCACAGCCAGCAGGCGUUGGAGUAUGGCACCAAUCUAGUUGGAGGAAUUUCUCCGGGGAAAGGGGGAAAAACUCAUCUGGAUCUGCCUGUGUUUAAUUCUGUGAAGGAGGCCAAAGAACAAACUGGUGCUUCUGCCACUGUUAUAUAUGUACCUCCUCCAUUUGCUGCUGCUGCAAUCAAUGAAGCAAUCGACGCAGAAAUGCCCUUAGUUGUAUGCAUUACUGAAGGUAUUCCCCAGCAGGACAUGGUCCGGGUUAAACACAGGCUGCUUCGGCAGGAUAAGACUCGACUAGUGGGCCCAAACUGCCCUGGAGUCAUCAAUCCUGGAGAAUGUAAAAUUGGUAUCAUGCCUGGUCACAUUCACAAGAAGGGAAGAAUUGGUAUUGUGUCAAGAUCUGGAACCCUGACAUAUGAAGCUGUUCAUCAGACGACGCAAGUUGGAUUGGGGCAGUCUCUAUGCAUUGGGAUUGGAGGCGAUCCCUUCAAUGGAACUAAUUUUAUUGACUGCCUUGAUGUCUUCUUGAAGGAUCCUCAUACUGAGGGUAUCAUAUUGAUUGGGGAAAUUGGAGGAAAUGCCGAAGAAGAUGCAGCAGCAUUCUUGAAAGAAAAUAAUUCUGGUCCAAAUGCCAAGCCAGUAGUGUCAUUCAUAGCUGGUCUGACUGCUCCUCCAGGCCGGCGGAUGGGUCAUGCUGGAGCAAUCAUUGCUGGGGGAAAGGGUGGAGCUAAAGAGAAGAUAGCCGCUCUUCAGAGCGCUGGUGUUGUUGUCAGCAUGUCUCCUGCUCAGCUAGGUAGCACCAUCUACAAGGAGUUUGAGAAAAGGAAAUUGCUGUAAGAGAAGACACUUUGGAAUACUGUCUCCAAAACAUCAGUGCAGCACCUGGCCUCCGCUUAUCUUACAUCUGCUAAUCCUCAGUUGCCCAAAUGACUGACACUGGUGUACGAAUUUGACCUGGAAGCCAUAAACCUUCUGGCUAAACCUGUUUUGAUGUCUCCUUGGUUCAGACAUUAUCACCUCAUUGUAAAUCACAGCAAAUUAAUAAAUCUACUACUAAAUCUGAUUCAUCUUUUGAAUUCCUGAAGCAGAGCCAUUUCUUCAAUCACCAUAAACAAAACAAUCUUUUGUAACUUAAGCACCGCCUGUUUUUUAAGGUAAAGUUGCUUAUAGAGAUGCUUUAAAGGAUCAAGGCACUGACUUUAUGCACAUAUCACACUUCACUUUAUUUUCAAAAAAUCCAGUCUGUCUUGUUUGUUGCUGGCGAGUAUGUUUGUUUGAACAACAGGCCAAAGUUUCCGUCCAUUAAACCAAAGCUGCUGGAUCUGAAGGGGUUGAUUGUUGAUCCACGUAGCGGGAUAUGCCUGAAGACCAGACUUCCUUUUCAAGGCUGCUGAGCCAUGCGCAGUGUAGUCCUCUACUGGCAAGGAAUUCUGUUUGUUGUGUGGAGAGAUGGAAUUUUUAUUCAUAAAAAUGAAUCUAAUUUCCCAGGCAAAUGCAUAUAUUCAGAAUUGUCUGUAUCUAUGAAAACGAUUUGGUCUGUAGCUUAACAUUACCUUAAUUUCCUCUUUAUCUUAACUAGGAUUGCAUUGCUUGUGUGUGUUGAAAUCCUAAUAGCAUUGGGACAUAAUGGAGGAGAAUUAUUAUUCUCUGGAGAAGAAUGUAGUAAGGUAACUUUCUUGUUAACCACUCCCAGCACUGUAAUGGAAAGCCCUUUUUUUACUUUGGAAAUAGCCCAAGCACUGUGCCUAUAAAUGAGUGUUACAAGUUUUAUCAGGAUGGACUAAAACCAAGAUUGCUUUCUUUAUAAAGAGGACUGAAAGUUCAUGUAACCUGGCACUUGUCUAAAGCUAACCUUGUGUUCCAUAAAGGUGCUGUUACGAAAA